AUGGCUAUAGGGACUGGAAACUCGUGUAAGAUCAACGAGCCAGACGAUGAGCUCCCUGACGUGAAGACAAGUCACGAUUGUUACUUGUCUUACUACAGUACGCUUCUUGAGUAUCUUCAAAGUACCGUGUUACGUUGCGAGAAUCCGGUCGAUAGGUAUGACCCCGAGAGCCAACGGAACCGGGAGUGGGAAACUGAAAGUCCCAGUGACAGUGCUUGGGAAUUAGCCUGUGCUUACGAAGAUGAAGUCAUUGCUACCAACGUGGCCUUUAAUGAUGUGUUUGACAUUCGUCUGAUCAACGGCUCUUCGGAUUUGGUUGGUAUCUUGGAAUUGAGACACAACGAGUCGAGCUGGGCACCAGCCUGCUUUUAUGAUAAAAGUAGCGUGAGAGUUAUACCGCAAAACGUCUGCCAUGAUCUUGGUCACAAUUGCGCUUAUAAAUGGCAACUAGUUCAACCGAAGGAAAGCCAGGGUCUUGAGUAUGUCUUCCAUGAAGGAACUAAUGGAUGGCUCGGGGUGGAGAAUCGCUGUCUCAGGCAUGGUGGAUCUAACCUUCACAUCGAAUGCAGUAUAGAUAUAACACUGAAUAAUGUAACAGUACACAUCCUACCGGAUCAGACUUGCCAAGGUCGUUGUGGUGACCUACCAACUCACAAACAAUGCGGUUGUGAUUUCAUGUGCCACAUCUUCAAGGAUUGUUGCUUUGACAUUGACAUCUGCGUAUUCCCAACAGCACCCGACUUCGAAUCUCACCCGUUUCCGAACUUGGUGACUUUAUUGCACAGCUCAGAAUACUACGAGUGUUUAUCGGUGGAUUCUCAAUUCGGUAGCUAUGAGUUGGUGAGUAUCUGUCCUGAUAGCUGGUCCAAUGACACGGUGAGGAACCAAUGCGAAUCUCCACCUUAUUCACAACCAGUUCUGUAUCUACCGCUGGAUAUACCCUUCAAGAACAUCAUGUGUGCCUACUGUCAUGGGGUCGAACAGUUCUCAAAGAUAUCACAAAAACAAGACCAGGGUUUCAACGCUACCGGUACUAUUAAGUAUGAAGUCAUGUUAAUUCCUUUAGGGAGUCAAGGAACCCGACCGUGUGUCAAUGACGUCAUUAAUACAUGUCUUAAUGAAACACACGACCUGCAACAAUCAUGUCAAGGCUAUAAAGCACAGUAUUUACAAUAUAAAAACCCACAUUGCGCACUGUGUAAAGGUGUCGACUUAGACAGUAUUAGUCUGUGCCAAACGACGCAAGAGGACCGGAUCUUUCUAGUAGAAACAGACGGAAUAGAUCAAGAACCUGAAAAUCCGAUCCUUAUUAGCAAAACUCUGCUCGAUGGAGUGCCUGAUGACUUUGCAUUUGAAUACCACUCCAUAACCGUAUAUGUUGAGAAAACAUGUUGGCAAGUGCAAUCCGUUUUAAAAGUUACAAAACAUGAGAGCGAGAAUGAUUUUUCUGGUCUGGAUUCCAUAAAGUGCCUUAUUUAUGCAGUCGCUUAUUCAAAUCUGAACCUAGCUCUGCACUUUUCGUCUCCCCUGCGGUCGUUACUAGAUUCAGAACCUCAAGUGGAGAGGUCAGAGGUCACGGUUUCCAUUUCAAGCCCGACGCUUUCAGAGAUAGGCGACUUUGCCGGAACGCUAGAUAAGGUUUUACGCGUUAAUGGUGACGUCACACAAACCGACUGGGGAUUCCAAUGUGGCCUCGCAAAGGUAUCACUGAUCCAUGAAUGUUCAAAACAACCAACCAAUGAUACCACGAGCAACACCAAGAAUGAAUGUAUUGAUACCGAAGAAGGAGCCUCGAUAUCAAUGAAUGUGAGUGGAGAGCUAUUUGUCUACGUCAUUGAUGACGACACACUCUUAUCCCCUGUUAACAUUACCACGACUAUAGCAUACGAUGUACACACCGAAACUGUUGGCAAAAAAAAGUUCAUCCGGUUUUGUGGAGAGCGAAAUUAUAGUUUAACUUGCAAAACCUUGACAGAUUUUAAGAAUAUGUAUCGGUACUCUACAUAUUAUAUCGAGAGGCCAGAAACAAACGCCACAUUACCCAAUGGGGAGACGAUAGUUUGUUUUUCAAAGGCCCAGUUGGAUCUUUUCUCCAGUCCCGAGCAGAUUGUGAACCUCGUGUGUUUCAGUCUCUCCUUAGCCGGGCUCACAGCUACCUUGAUCACCUAUGCUGUAUUCUCUGUUCUGAGAAACGCCCAAGGCUUGGCUGUCAUGAGUCUGUCUUUUGCCAUCUUGAUUGCCCAAUUAUCCUCAAUUCUUUCCCAGGUUGUUGCCAACCUUUCGAUUCGAGGUCUUUGUACGGCUGUUGCUCUCAUAACGCAUUAUUUCUGGUUGUCGGCAUUUGCGUGGAUGGCGGCCAUAUCGUGGGAUUUUAUGCGCACUUUCUCAAGCAUGUCGUCAGCCAAGACGACCAGCCUCCGGAAGUUCCGUCGCCUGUCUUUGGUUGCCUGGUGCUCACCGCUGCUGGUGAUCAUUCCUCAUCUUAUCUUGCAUUUCUGCGAGUGCACUGGGCUUAAUUUCAGCUACGGCAGUGAGGUUUCCUGCUGGAUUGCAAGCAGGGAGGCGAUCUUCAUCAUGUUCUGUGUACCAGUCAUACUCUGUGUCUGCUUCAAUGUAGUUUGUUUUGGCUGGACCGUCAGGUGUAUCCGCUCGUCAAAGAGGGCCUCCUACAUGGUCAAGAAACAAACUUCAAGCAUCAAAGAAGCUUGGAUGGAGCUUGCGAUUUAUGUCAAGAUUUCAAGCUUGAUGGGGUUUUCCUGGAUCAUUGGUUUCGUCGCCAUGGCUACCAAUGUCGUCAUCUUUUGGUACCUCUUUGCGAUCAUUAGUUCUCUCCAGGGUGUCUUCAUCUUCUGUUCGUUCGCAUUUACUGGCCGAGUGAGGGCGCUGUGGCUUGCGAAGCUACGCAAUCGUUCUCACAAAGAGUUACCCUCCUCCACCAGAUCGAGCCAGAGGCCCUCUAUUGACAGCCGAGUAAAGACCACAGAAACAAAGAUUUAG